UUCAUUUUUCAAAAUGGCUGUUCUUGUAUGUCAGACAAUAAUCCGUCGUUUGUUUUCAAGUCUCCAAGACUCUGGCCUAGCCCUUACCCUUCGAAAAGACUCUUUUUCAGUCAACAAAUAUUUAACUUUCUGAAACUUGAGUCGCAAUUGGUCAAUCUAGAUACAAGAAUUAGACGGGUCAUGUUUGAUACCGUCGGUAGCUCAUUUUCUUUUUGAAACAUGGGAGCAUCUUUCAUUACAAAUUAGUCAGCAGGAGUUAUGGUGGUCAACUGUAGGUCUCUUUUUGCCGGAUCUUUAAGGGUUAAGUUGGUUGUGUUAUAUGUUUUAUAACUAAUGGUAUAUAUUUAGUUGGCGAAUGAGUGGUGACCGACUAUUAGACAUAAUGUGGUGUGUAAAAUACACCAAGCAAUGAACUGUUAUGUACUGCAGAAAAAAUAAUUUUUUCGCAUCAAUGAAUGAUUGUUACCUCAUGCCCAAGUUACAGAAACACAGCAUCAUUCAAACGUUUUUGCGAGUACUCUAAAAUAAAUAUGAGUGAAUGAAUAUUCAUUAGAUUUUAAAAAGUAUCCCUUUUUGACAAUUACGAAAUACUGUACUUUUAUUGAAGCAACCUCGAUAGCUAUUUGAAAGCCUGUUAAAAGCUUGUUGAUUGCCUCGUGUUCUCUAGGCAGCCAUAUUCUCAAAAAGAUAUAAAAGUAUGGCUUAAUUAGAGUAUCCGCUUUAAAACCACAACAAAUUAUCUCGACUUAGAAAACACAUUUUAAAUGUAUGAUAUUAUUGGACGAUUUAUUUCUCAAAAACACGUUGCAUUGGAUUAUUACGAAAUCUCACGCUGAAUUAAACCAUGGAUCGUAACCAAACACGUUCUUCCCGCCCACUCCCACACUCACUUUGCGUACUAUAAAAAAGAGCGACUUUGCAAUUCUCAGACAUCACUUGUUCACUGCAGGACAGAAACAGAACAAAGAGACGGUAAGAGUUCUUCUUUUAAUUUAACAAAAAUUUUCCAGUUCAUGUAUUAUUUUAUUUCAUGUAUCUUUUAUCUACAAGACAUGAAGCUGUAUUUAUUAAUUGCAUUUGUUGGCAUCAGUGCCCUAGCACUUGCUGAAGACCAAUUUGAAGAUGAAUUUGAUGUAGAAGAUCCCAGUUACGGAUAUACUGGAGUUGGACAUCAUGGAGGACAUCUUGGAAAUGGAAAUCUUGGAAACGGCCAUCUUGGAAAUGGACACCUUGGAAAAGGCCAUCUUGGAAAUGAACUUCUUGGAAAUGGACUUCUUGGAGCCGGUAAACAUAACUGUGGAGGAUAUGGUUACAAUGUCAACACACAUCUUUGCCAUAGUGGAAAACUUUACGUAAAGAAAUACCACCGUGCCUGUGGUUACGCCAUCUAUGACAUUCGAACACAUUUCUGUUUCAAAGGAACCGUAUAUGCUCAAAGCGUGUACCAAGUAUGUGGAAACCGAAACGUCUGCAACCGAAAGAGUCAAUUUUGUUUCAGAGGAACCUGUUACCUUAAAAAAGUCUACAGCAUUUGUGGAUGGAAUGUAUGCAAACGAGGUCAAGAAUUCUGUUUAAGAGGAAAAUGCUACAACAGAAGAGUAUAUCGAGUCUGUGGAAACAAUGUUUGCAACCGACGAUCUCAAUUCUGUUUUAAAGGAACCUGUUACCUUCGACGUGUCUACAGCAUCUGUGGAUGGAAUGUAUGCAAAAAAGGUCAAGAAUUCUGUUUAAGAGGAAAAUGCUACAACAGAAGAGUAUAUCGAGUCUGUGGAAACAAUGUUUGCAACCGACGAUCUCAAUUCUGUUUUAAAGGAACCUGCUACCUUCGACGAGUUUACAGAAUCUGUGGAUGGAACGUUUGCAAUCGAAGCACCGAACUGUGUUGGAAAGGAAAAUGCUACAACAAAUCAGUAUGGGCAGUCUGUGGUGGACGUCUGUACCAACAAAACGUGUAUAUCUGCCAUGCCAAACGUUUGUACAAGCGAGAUUACUAUGGUUACUGUGGAUCCUCAAUCUAUCGCACAAGUGAUUACAGAUGCAACAAUGGAAAAUUGUACGGCAAUAAGGCUUACACGCCAAAUUAUCGAGGUUAAAAAAACAUAUCAGAUUUAGAAAUCGGACAUUUGAUUAUAAGGUGAAAGGAUUGUAAUUUUGGGAAGCCACGGUAGAGGAAAAAAAUACUAAUUAUAACAGAGCAUUUAACAUUUGUGUUUUUUUUUCUCUCUGGUAAUAAGAAUAUUUUCUUUGAAUUUAGCAAUACAUUUUUGCUGAACAGUAAGCGGAGAUUAUCUCACGUUUCAAGUGAAUGUUUGUUUGGUUUAUUUAAAAGGCUUUAAAAAUAAAAAUGGCUUUUCUAUUUCAACAGCAAAUUACGAAAUAAGCUGAAUCACUUCUAUUGAUAAUACAUUGCAGUUACAGAAUUUAUGUUAAAGAUAAUUAGCGAUAAUAUAAGGGCAAAGCAAAAAAUAAGUCAGCUGUUGAUGUGCGUUACACCCAGCAACAACAAUUCCUCUCAAAAGAAAGGCAA